UUUCUCAUGAGCAGCUGGACUUUAAACUUCAUCUCUCCUGUAGCUGUUUCGCCCAAGAGCUGCAGAAAUGCAGGCAGGCGCCAUUAGGCUCAGAGGGUAACAAUGACAAGGUGCUCUUGGAUAAUAUUGUUCCUUCUCUCUGCCCUUUUCCGUCAGACAGAGCAGACAGUGUUUAUAUCAGCUGACGAGGCAAACAAUGUUAUCAAGAGACAGAGGCGUGCCAGUUCCCACCUUCUGGAGGAGAUCCUCCAAGGCAGCUUGGAAAGGGAAUGCCUUGAAGAGAGAUGUACACAUGAAGAAGCAAGAGAAGUAUUUGAAAAUGAUGAAAUGCUUAAAAUGUUUUGGGAUAUCUACUACGAGGGCAGGAGGUGCUCCUCGAGCCCCUGCCAGAACAAUGGCGUGUGUGAGGACAGCAUUCGUGGCUACACCUGCACUUGUGCUGAGGGCUACGAGGGAGAGAACUGUGCUUUCGCUAAAAAUGAAUGUCACCAUGAAGCAAAGGAAGGAUGUCAACACUUCUGCUACCCAGGAAUUAAUUCCUACCGCUGUUCCUGUGCUGAUGGCUAUGAGCUUGGGCAGGACACAAAACAGUGCAUUGCAUUAGAUGAAUGUGCAUGUGGCAGACUUCAAGACAGUGAUAAUCUGAUAAGUGAAACCAGGAAGAAGCACGACGAGCGAUUUCCCUGGCAGGUGCUACUGCUAAACUCAGAAGGGAAAGGCUUCUGUGGAGGAGUGCUGCUAAAAAGUAACUUCGUAUUGACCACAGCAGAGUGUGCUCUUCUGCACAACCAUUUUGAAAUCAGGGUUGGUGCUGGGCCUAAUGGAACAAGUGGAACGGAGAGGAUAAUGCAAGUUAGCGAGAAGCACAUACACAUCCGGUAUGAUGAAGACACUGGUGAGAACAACGUUGCAUUGCUACAACUUCAAGAGCAUGUUGAGUGCAACACCUACCAGCUUCCUGUAUGCGCCCCUGAAAGAGACUUUGCAGAACACGUUUUAAUUCCAAAAUUGGCUGGUACAGUUAGUGGCUGGAGCAUGGAAGGUGAUGAACUUAAAGUUGAUGAGCUGCAGGUUUUGUACCUUCCUGCUGAGGACUGCAAACAAAUACUCAACAUCAGCCUCACAAACAGGCAGUUUUGUGGGCACCUCCAGAAGGCCGUAGACAAACGACUGGCUGGAGGAAGCUUUUUAGCUACCGAGUAUAAGGGCACUUGGUUUCUGACUGGUAUCCUGGGAUCUUGGCCACUAGAAGACACUGACUGGGAAACACUUCUAUUCACCAACACCGCAAGGUAUAUGAUAUGGGUUAAACAAAAAAUGAAAUAAGACACAAACACAACCAACUCUCAAGCACCAAACACCUACCAAUCAUUGCAAGGAAACAUAUGGAUGCAGCCAGUACACCCAUUUGACUGUAUCACAAUUCACAGCAAUGGAAGUUGCAAUGAUGGCACGUAUUUAACUCCAAGUUAUACAGAAAAGCCUGUUUGUCUUUCCUUCUUCUGCUGACACACAGUACUGUGGAAGUCAUGAUGCAGUAAACCUAGUUAUUUUAUGAAAAACUGAUUUAACUUUAAAUUUCUUAGAACUGUUCAUCUUAAAACUCCAAACACUUUGAUGUUUUUCUGGGAUUUUAAAUAGUGCUAGAAGGCAAUGAGUCUUUUCCAUUCUUGGUACCCUGAGGUUUACUUCAGCAAAUUCAUACUCUUAUUUCAAGAUUCAUACAAGUAAAACUUACAAAGACCAGGGGAACUUCUUUUACAUGUCUGUGUUAAUGACUGUGUAAGGACCUGACACUUUCAUCAUGUUUAAAAGUGCUUCCCCUCACACAUGGUACCCGUGUUUUCCCUUAUGAACGAUGUUCAUGUCAGUUAGAGGAUAAAAUAAAACCCAACUGUAAAAGAUAGGAAAA